AGAUUACCUUAUGGCAAGGGAAAUAAGCGCUAUGGGGAAAGUAAUUGAAAUUACUUUAAAUUCAAAGUUUUAUAGUAUUGUAUAACCUACAUAGUUUCCGGCUUUGGUGACGCUGACAUAGCUUGGGAACCAGUGACAUUUUGCCCACGUGAUUUGUUUUCCCGCCGUUAUAACACAAGAACCAAGAACAUCAAUAAAGUAAACUCUCUUCGAUAAAAAACCCCGUCAAAAAUGCCUCCAAGAGACUACGCUGCUGAACGAGAAAAAAUCAAGGCCUUUCUCCAGGAGUAUUAUGUCGAUGGAUCGGACGGUGGCAAAGAUUUUGUGUACGGUCAGCAGCUGGUAAAGAUUGCUCACAGAGAGCAGGUUGGUCUGUGGAUUGACCUGGAUGAUGUCCACAAUCAUGACCCAGAGCUGGUUGAAGCUAUUCGAGAAAACACGAGACGAUAUAUGACAAUUUUUGCUGAUGUCGUACAGGAACUUCUGCCGGAAUAUAGGGAACGAGAGGUUGUACAUAAAGAUGCCCUGGAUGUGUAUAUAGAACAUCGCCUGUUGCUGGAGCAACGUAACCACCCUGACGGGCCCGAGGUCACUAGAGAUGCUAGGAACAAGUACCCAUCAGAGCUCAUGAGGAGAUUUGAGGUGUAUUUCAAGUCCCGUAGCAUUGACAAGCACAGCGCAAUUCGUGAAAUAAAGGCUGAGAACAUUGGCAAGCUAGUGAACGUUAAGGGCAUCGUUACCCGGGCAACAGAGGUGAAACCUAUGAUGGUCGUGGCCACAUACACCUGUGAUACCUGUGGAAAUGAAACCUACCAGCCGAUCGCAUCUCCCUCGUUUAUGCCUUUACUGAUGUGUCCUAGUACGGACUGUACUACAAACCGUUCUGGAGGCCGUCUCUACCUUCAGUCACGGGGAUCAAAGUUUGUCAAGUUUCAAGAGGUCAAAAUACAGGAACAUAGUGAUCAAGUGCCUGUUGGCAACAUCCCACGCAGUAUGACCGUGUACUGUCGAGGGGAGACCACGCGGCUUGCCCAGCCUGGAGAUCAUGUGAGCAUCACCGGCCUCUUCCUGCCCGCCAUGAAACAGGGCUACGCCAAUGAGGGAGGACUGCUUUCCGAAACAUUCCUUGACGCUCAUAGAGUAACCAAGAUGAAUAAAACAGAAGAUGAUGAGCUUGGAGUGGAGGAAUUAACAGAGGACGAGAUUAAACAGGUUGCAGAGGAGGACUUCUACGACAAGCUGGCGUCUAGUAUAGCUCCCGAGAUUUACGGGCAUGAGGAUGUGAAGAAAGCCUUGCUGUUGUUGCUCGUUGGUGGAGUUGACAAGUCUCCACAGGGCAUGAAAAUCAGGGGUAACAUCAAUGUGUGCUUGAUGGGAGACCCUGGUGUGGCCAAGUCCCAGCUACUCUCCUUCAUUGACAGGCUGGCCCCUAGAAGUCAGUACACAACCGGACGAGGCUCAUCAGGUGUAGGUCUGACUGCAGCUGUUAUGAAGGAUCCCAUCACAAAUGAGAUGAUGCUGGAGGGUGGGGCUCUUGUGCUGGCUGACCAGGGUGUGUGCUGCAUUGAUGAGUUUGACAAGAUGAUGGACAGUGAUCGUACUGCUAUUCAUGAGGUCAUGGAACAGCAGACCAUCUCUAUUGCUAAGGCAGGCAUCAUGACCUCCCUCAAUGCUAGAGUAUCGAUAUUGGCCGCUGCCAACCCGGCAUACGGGCGCUACAACCCGAAGCGGACCCUAGAACAGAACAUCCAGCUACCUGCGGCUCUGCUGUCCAGGUUUGACCUCCUGUGGCUCAUACAGGACAAGCCAGACAGGGAUAAUGACCUCAGGUUAGCUCAGCACAUCACAUAUGUGCAUCAGCACAACAUACAGCCUCCCACACAGUUCACUCCACUGGACAUGAAGCUUAUGAGACGCUACAUCGCCCUGUGCAAGAAGAAGCAGCCAGGUGUUCCGGAAGCCCUUGCAGACUACAUUACGUCCGCGUACUGCGAGAUGAGACGGGAGGCACGUAACGGAAAGGAUAUGACCUUCAUGUCUGCCAGGACGCUGCUGGCCCUGCUGCGACUGUCAACAGCACUGGCUCGUCUGCGAUUGGUCGAUGUAGUUGAGAAGGAAGAUGUGAAUGAAGCCAUACGUCUGAUGGAAAUGUCGAAGGACUCCCUCAACCCUCAGCAUGAGAUGCACAGCAGAGCUCAGAAUGUCACUGACAAGAUCUUCAAUCUGAUCCGAGAAAUGGCACCAUCUAAGGGAAUCAAGUCUGUGAAAGUGUCCGAUGUGGUCGAACAAUGUACAUCAAAGGGCUUCAAGCCAGAUCAAGUGGAUGCUUGCAUUGAAGAAUACGAGGAAUUAAAUGUGUGGCAGGUCAACCAAGCACACACCAAGAUCACAUUUAUUUAGGAGGCUAAAAUGAAGCACAGACAGCCUGGAGGAAAUUCAGUAUGCAAGAAAAAUAAUCAUGAAGAAUUUUUUUUUUUAAAUACUGACUGUUAUACUGAAUAACAGGUACACACAACAGUUAACAAAUACAAUUUUUUAUACUGAUUAUUUGUGUUCAGAUCGGAGUUCAAAGGACAAUUGGUGGAUCAUUUAGAAUGUUCCAUUAGCAAAUCAUUCAGUAUGUGUAAUAUUCUAUAAUGAUUUUAACACCUAGCUGUGUUCAGAUUUACCUCAAUGUGUUCUGAUUGUAAAGAUCUGAGUUCAAAGGACAAGGAAUAUUUCGAAUGUUUCAUGAAAAAUUCAUUCAAUAUGUGUAAUAUUUUAUAAUAAUUUUCACACCUAGCUGUGUUCAGAUUAACUUCUAUGUGUUCUGAUUGUAAAUACCCAAAUUUUUAUGCACUAUUUUGUACCAAUGUUAAUAACUUGCUUAAUACAUCAAAACCUUGUAAUUAUUUUGUACAUUGAUUUUUGGCCUUAAUAGAAAUAAAUAUCAACAAAAACAGCUUGUUUUCUGAAACAAUAGAAGCCAUUGCUC